AUGCGCACCGCCAUCCAUCGCAGGGCCGUCAAGGUCGUCCAGGUCACCAGCAAUGCGCUCGCCCUCGUCAACGCCACGACAGAGGUGUUGCCCUUCCUCCCCAUUAGCGUACAACAGAGUACUAGAAUUUCUAGUACAGGAAGUGAUAGCACUUGUGUGUUUUGCCACCACCGGCUUGAUGAAGUUAUGUCCAAACUGAAAGAUCCAGAUGCGGAGUUUGAGAUAAUUCAAAUUCUCAUCAAGGAGUGCAAUAAGAUCGAAGGUCAUGUCCAGCAGUGCAAGAGAUUGGUCCUCCAAUACAUUCCCCUUAUCAUGGUCAAUGGCGAGAAGUUCCUUGAGAAGAAUAAUGAUGUGUGCGUACAAGCGUGUAUGAAUGUAACUGUGUGGAUGUAAUAAAAGAAUAGAAAAAAAAUUGAUUUCUUUUUUUGUAUUUUAA